GUCAACUUACCUAAAACGGGCGUUCGAAUGCACGGAUGUUCUGUUUGAAAGUAUGUCAAUGUAAAAGAUAAGUUGCCUGGGGUACCCGGAAUACGAAAUCACACGAAUGUCGAUUAGUGGUGGUGUGUGGGGAAAAGGGGUUUCCUUGUGCGUACUACGUCACUGAUAUUGAUGUGACGUCAUCGAUUCCGACUAUCACAGCGCCACUCGAAAAUGCUGCUGCCGUUGUAAGGAAUAAGGUUUCUUCAUAAUUCAAGUCUAAGAGAAUAAAAGUGAAUAAAUCAUCGCCAUGGCGAAGACAGGUGUCAAUAAACAACUUUUACGUAAUUACAUACGUCACACAGAUGCACAUAACAAAGUACAGGAAGAAGCUGAGAUGUGGAAAACGUAUCGACUAGCACGGAAUGAAAAUGAAAGGUAUUCUAAACGUGGCAAUACAAUGAGAAGUGACGGGCAUGAUGACCGCUGUGACAUCAGUUAUGAACAGAAUUCUGGAGGUGGUAGCCAUGGCAACUUUUGGAUGAAGAAACUCUAUAAUGCCGAAGAACAAGAUCCUAAUCGGUGGGGCCAUGCUGGAUUCAAAGAGCUUUACCCUGAUGAAUUUGAUAGUCGCAGUUCAGAUGAUGAUGCAAAGAAGAAUAAGAUAAAAAAGAGAAUGAAACGACACAAAAAAGAAAGGGAAAAGAAAAGAUCAGCAAAAAAGAAGAGAAAGAAAUCAAAGUAUGCUGAAUCAGAGACAGACUCCUCAUCGUCAUCAUCAUCGUUGGUCACCUCCUCAUCAUCAGAUGAUGAUGAUGAUGAAGAAGAAGUCAGGAUAUCAAAGAAACAUCAUCAAAAAAGACAUGAUAAAUCAAAACGAAAACAUUCCAAAUCAAGAAGAAAAAAACUUUCGAGAGAAACUGAGAAUGGCAAAGAACGUGUGUGUAUGAAAUCAGAGUCAAGGAGAAAGCGUUCAUCUGAUACUAAAAAAUCUAAAAAGAGAGAGAGUUCUGAGAGGAGAAAAAGGAAAGAUGUUUCAGAGAGCUACAAAAGUGGGUCUAAAAGAAGAUGGGAAGAUGACGAAGAAGGAAGCUCCAGUCAUGAAGAGACUGAUGAUGAACCUCCGGAAUCGAGAGAGGAUCAACAUAAAGUGUCUGACAAUGGAAGGGGUCAUAGAAAACACAAACACAAAAGGAAAAUGAAAAAAAUAUCACGGAAAGAUAAUAUAUGAAUAGAGGAUGAUUCCAGAUGAUUGUGUUAUUGUCAAACUUCUUUUGUAUGGAAAGGUCACACCUUGACUUUCUCAGCAAGGGGAGAAGAAAAGUAUCUAUGAAUGACAUUUUCACAUUCAAACAGUUUUCAUUGAAGUUUAAAAACAGUUUAAUAAAUUAGGUGUGAUAUUGAAAGUUAUUGAUAUUACAGUAAAACAAUACUCCAGAAAGUAACAGAAUAUGUGACCAUUAUGGCUCUUUAAGUACCAGGAUGUAUGACCUUUAGGGGUCAGAAAGUACCAGGAUGUAUGACCCUUGGGGUAAGAGAGUACCAGGAUGUAUGACCCUUAAGGGUCAGAGAAUACCAGGAUGUAUAAUCUUUUGGGGUCAGAAAGUACCAGGAUGUAUAACCCUUAAGGAUCAGAGAAUACCAGGAUGUAUGACCUUUAGGGGUCAGAAAGUACCAGGAUGUAUGACCUUUAGGGGUCACAUACAAGAUCUAUUAACCAAAGAUUUGUUUAUUAUCCUUAUUUCUCUAAUAGCUAAAUGUGGUAAAGGAAAGCCAAGUGAAUGUGAAAUUUUAAUAAUAGAAUUCACUAAAAUCAUUUCUUCUUAAGUACUAGAAUCAGAGUACAGGGUUACGAGUGAUGUGUACAAACUGUGAUUUUUUUUUGGUGUGCUAGAAAACAAGUGUCUCAUAAUGCAAUACUGUUGUUCCACUCUUUCUUGCAGUCACAGUAAAUUGAUGUAAACCAGAACAAAUCUUAUUUUUUUUAUUUUGUUAAAAAAAUGUUUAUUAUUAGCUCUUCCAGUAUGACUUUUUAGAUUAAUUCACAAUGGUAAGUCACAUGAUUCACUUUCGUUUUA